AUGGCAAACAUCAAGUACGUAAAGAAACGCUCUGGCGACGAACAGCAGCCCCAAGCAGCGCCAGUAGUACGCGACUUCGCCAUGCGCCCUAGCAGGACCUCUCAGCGCGCAGCAGCUUCUGAACCCGAACCUGAGCCCACACAUGUCCCUCAGAAGCCAGCGGCGUUCCCUUCGCUACCAGCCAACACUCCACCACCGCCGUUUGACCCGAAAUUCUCGGGUCAUGGUAUGAGAGAGCUGAUGGCGGCUAUCGAGACCGGCGACAAGACGCGCAUGGAACACAUCAAAGACCACUUCAAGAUUGAAUACGAGGCGGGUAAAGAUCCCUGGUAUGUGGCCUUGAGGCGUCGCUGGGACCCUAAGAUGGUCGAUUCCAAGGUCACAUUCGAAUCUCUAUGGACAUCACUACGCCAGACCAUCAUCGAGCAGAUAAAGGACGACUUCAUUCCCGGCACCUAUAUCAGUCGCUUCUACCCCGUAUGCUGCAUCCUGAGCCUCUCCAAGGCGAAGCUGGAUACGAUUAUGGCAGAGAACGCCGCAGUAUGGGAGACCGAGGCUGAGAUCCCACAAUACUUCAAAGACUACAGAAAACGAUACUCCAAUGCCAUCAUCGAUCCGGAUGAGCCUCCCCCCACCGAAGUAGUGAGGGCGAUCAGGUUCUUGAGACAGCAGAGGCUUCCUGUUAGUUUGUUGGGCGAGUGGCAGGCACUGCCGGGACCUGAAUAA